UACAUUUUUUUUUUUGUUUAUCUGUUCUGACUUCUGUUUAUUUACCGCGAAAAUUUGCUAAUAAUAAAAGCAAUUGAUAAAUAUUGUUGAGCAUUAUUUGUCAAUAAUUUAACUAAACAAAAUGACUGAAAAAAAAACAAAUUUACCCUGGGUUGAAAAAUAUCGUCCAAAAACACUGGAUGAUUUAAUUUCUCACGAGGAUAUUCUAAAAACAAUUAAUAAAUUUAUUGAUGAAAAUCAAUUGCCUCAUUUGUUGCUGUAUGGUCCACCAGGUACUGGAAAAACAAGUACAAUUCUUGCAUGUGCUGCUAAACUCUACACCAAAGGACAAUUUUCAUCAAUGGUACUUGAAAUCAAUGCAUCUGAUGACAAUGGUAUCAAUGUUGUUCGAGGACAAAUAUUAAGUUUUGCAAGUACAGGAACAAUGUACAGAUCAGGUUACAAAUUAAUUAUUCUUGAUGAAGCUGAUGCAAUGUCAAACGAUGCACAAAAUGCUCUCAGGCGAAUUAUGGAAAAAUAUACAGACAAUGUAAGAUUUUGUAUUAUUUGUAAUUAUCUUGGUAAAAUAAUACCAGCAUUACAAUCAAGAUGUACUAAAUUUCGUUUUGGACCACUUGCACAUGAUCAAAUAAUGCCAAGGCUUGAAUAUGUCAUUCAAGAAGAAAAAUUGACUGUUACUGAAGAUGGAAAACGUGCACUUAUGACACUAAGUGGUGGUGAUAUGAGAAGAGUUAUAAAUGUACUUCAAAGUACGUGGCUAGCAUUUGGAUUAGUCAAUGAAAAUAAUGUUUAUACUUGUGUUGGUCAUCCAUUACCAAUUGACAUAAGAAAUAUUGCAAAUUGGCUGCUCAAUGAUUCAUACCAAAUAGCAUACUCAAAAAUCCAAGACUUGAAGAUACAAAAGGGACUGGCCUUACAGGACAUCCUGACUGAAUUGCAUCAAUUUGUCAAUAGAAUUGAAUUUCCUGAAGAAAUCAAUAUUGACUUGAUAAUAAAACUUGCACAAAUUGAAGAAAGAACAGCUGCUGGUACAAGUGAAGCAGUUCAACUAAAUGCUCUUGUUUCAGCAUUUCAAAGUGCUCGUGAUAUAUCAGUACAAUAAUAAUUAUCCAUCAAAUAAAAAAAACAAAAGAAAAGCUUGAUAAAU